UUCAUUUUAGGCGGGGAGAGCCACGCCUUCAGGGCGACCGAACCGUUUCGGCUUCCUGUGCUGUAUAAAUGCAGCUCGGAGAGCUGGGCGUGGGGUCGCAGCGGGAAAUGGGGGAGAUCAGGUUGCCCAGGCAUAUGUUCCUAUGGAGCAUGUCGCUCAUUUACUUGUUCGCCUUCGCGUCGUUUUACGUCCAGAUCCCAGGACUCUAUGGAAAUGAAGGGAUCCUGGAUGCUGGCUGGCUGAUCAAGCCCCUGGGGCGGCUCCUACUGGAGCAGCUGUGGGACUCCCCCACCCUGCUGUGGCUGGGCCCCCACCUGGGCCUGGGCACCUCGCAGAUGAUGGAGCUGAUUAGCCUGCUGGGGGCGCUGCUGUCCUUCGGAGCACUGGUGCUGGAGCCCCUGCGAGACAGCCUGAUCUUCUUCUUGCUGUGGUUCUUCUACCUCUCCCUCUUCCAGGUUGCGAAGGUGUUUUUCUACUUCCAGUGGGAUAGGCUCCUGCUGGAGAUGGGCUUCCUCACGGUCCUGGUGGCCCCGCUGAAGCUCCUCCGGGGGAAGUCCUCCUUCUGCUACCACGACGGCAUGACCUUCUGGCUGCUGCGCUGGCUGCUCUUCCGGCUGACCUUUGCCUCUGGCGUGGUCAAGCUCACCAGCCGCUGCCCGACCUGGUGGGGCCUCACGGCCUUGACGUACCACUAUGAAACCCAGUGCCUUCCCACGCCCCUGGCCUGGUAUGCCCACCAGCUCCCUGUGUGGUUCCACAAGCUCAGUGUCGUUGGCUCCUUCGUCAUCGAGAUGGCUGCCCCCUUCCUCUUCUUUGCCCCUAUCAGGUGUUUGAGGCUCACCUCUUUCUAUCUGCAGGUCCUGUUCCAGGUGUUCAUCAUACUGUCAGGAAACUAUAGCUUCUUCAACCUCCUCACCAUCGCCUUGUGCUUCUCUCUCCUGGAUGAUGACCAGAUCAAUUCUUGGCUUGGGCGCUGCAAGAAGAAGAGUCGUGAGAAAACUUGGCCUCAAGCCUUAAUCUCUUGGACAGCAUUUGUGAUUGAACUAGCCAUGUAUGUGCUGAUAAUCUACUGUACCAGGUUAUAUUUUGAACUGGAAGUUAACUGGGAGACAAAGAGCAUGUCUUCGAGAACAGCAUUUACCUACGAUCAGUUCCAUCAUUUUUUGAAUAAGAUCACAGUUCCUACCAUUUGGAUUGGAGUUCUCUCUCUCACCUGGGAGGUCAUCACGGCCAUGUUCAGGUGUGCCUGUGUGCGGGGACUUUGGAAGCUCUGGGUCACCAUCCAGUGGGCCGUCUUUGCCGCGGUAGCAGCUGUCAUGCUCACCAUUAGCCUGGUCCCCUACACUACCAUUCACCAGGAGACUCACCGCAGCAUCUGGCCGGGCGUGCGGAAGCUGUAUGAUGUGGUGGAGCGCUCCCAGCUGGUCAGCUCCUACGGGCUCUUCAGGACCAUGACUGGGGUUGGCGGGCGACCCGAGGUGGUGAUCGAGGGCAGCAUGGACAAGAAGAGCUGGACGGAAAUCGAGUUCAUGUACAAGCCCGGGAAUGAGAGCACCCCCCCGCCCGUGGUGGCCCCUCACCAGCCGCGGCUGGAUUGGCAGAUGUGGUUUGCUGCCCAGGGCCCGUACAGUCAGAGCCCCUGGUUCGUCAGCUUGGUUCAUCGGCUGCUGCAGGGAAGCAGGAGCGUGAUCACGCUCAUCCAGGUGGACGAGUCCCGAUACCCAUUCAGCCAGCAGCCUCCAGCAUUCAUCCGCGCCCGACUCUACAAGUACUGGUUCACGAAGGCCAGUGAAAACGGGACUUCCCCGCAGCGGUGGUGGCAGAGGCGCUAUGUUGGCGAGUUCUUCCCUGCCGUGUGCCUGGGGGACCCAGCCUUGGAGAACCUGCUGAGCCAGUUUCACCUCAAGGACGAGGAUUCGGACCUGAGCAGUCUGGAAGGCUCGGUCUCUGGAGCCCUGCAGGUCCUGCGGAGCUGCGUCGGGCCCCUUUCUGGCCCCUUGGUGCUUUGGUCCCUCUUCGCCACAUCGGCCGCCAUCUCCCUUAUGAAGAUAUUCUGCUCUCCCAGAACCAGUCGCCCCAGAGUUGCUUCCACAGAGUCUAGGACUGCAAAGGCUUCCCAAGAGAAAAGGGACCAGAGCAGGAAGACGGAGGAGUCUGUGGUCAGCCAGGCAGAGGCCAAGGGCUCGGCCGAGAGAUUGGAUUCAGACAGAGUCCUGAAGAAGAGGAAGUGAUGUCAUCCCUCUUCCCUCCCUCUGCUUCUCCAUGAUGCCUGAACUUCUGAAGCACGUAGCCCAGUCUAAUUUUGGUAUGUUACCUGUUGCCAAAACUGCCUUAUGUUUCCUUGAAUGAUAAUUUGUGUGUGUAUGUGUUUUUUUUUUUUUUUUUUUCCCCCUCCUAUGUUAUACUGAGGAGAAACCCGUGUGUUUGUAGUUCAGAGCAUUUUGGCCAUGAAGGCUAUUUUUAGCCUGUACCCUGCGUGAGUGAAGCUCUCUGCAGUGCUCUGUUGCUCUGUCAGGCUCUCGGGCAGAUCGCUCGGCAUUUCCUCUCGUUCUGAAAGCAUUCCCAUUCACUUUCUCCAUGUGCUGAUCUUUGCACUGUUACCUGCAGCUGCUGUUACCUGAAGCUGGUUGAUUGGGAAACCACAAUAAAAACACCACGUCAUGCAGGCCGUCGGCAGCUUUUCUCACCCUAUACUGACACCCUUGUCAUUGUGGUUUAACUGGCUGUAAAAUGAUUCAUUUUGCAUUUCAGUUCCUAGUGCAAACCACAUCAGGUCUUAUUUAUUAAGCCCACCUUUUAUGUACUGACACAUUUACAAAUUGGUGUUCUAGAACUCAAGUAUAAUUUAAACUGUAAUGGCAGAAUUUGGUCUGUUCUGGCAAGAAAGUCUGUCUGGGCCUCUUCUGCCUCAUGGUACCGGGAGCCUCACUAGUCGGUGUCCUCUAUUGCAUUUUGUUGUGGCUCAAAGUUCUCGGGCUGAAUCAAAGGCUGUCUUUAGUAUGAGGGCUUUUUUCAGUGUACAGCCUAAACGUAAAAUGUUUAGCAUGAAGCUUGGAGCCUCAAAGGCUUGAAUGUUGACAGUGUAGCUGUGUUGUCCUCAAAAUUCAAGGAGUAAAUUGAGUUGAAUGGAUUAGUCUAGAACCUGGUAUCUUCUUGAUCAUGAAUGUGCUGAGGUUAGAGACCCUCGUGGGGACUUCCCGUGCGUGUUUGGAGGGGGUGAGUCUGUGGUUUUGCACAGAAGUGACUAGCUGACCACGCAAUCAUAGUAUUUUAGCAAAUGUGUGUGUGGAUUCGCGUCUAGUUAAAUUUGCGUGGUGUUGAGGUGGCUAAUCACACACUGAGGAGGGAAUGCCAGUCGCCCUUCUCCAUCUCUGCCAGGCCUGGCCUCCUUACAAAGAUGCCAGAGUUGCUUCAUUUAGUUGGCACGUCACUGCUGGUGCCUCCCCAGGAGCAGAACGUGUCCCUGUGGCGGCUGCUGUCAGCGAAUGCUUUUUAGAUUCAAGACAAUCAUGAUGUCAUAGAUGCAUCUGCUGGAUUUUAUUUCCUUUGCCUUUUUUCCCCAAAAGCAAUGCAAGACAUUUCUAACCACCCCCCCCCCCCAAAAAAAAGCUUUAUUAUAAUUGUGGGGGGAUUGGUUGAGUGCAUUUUUAUACAAACUUUUGUAUUCUAUAUAAUAAACAUUUUCCAAAGCCU